GGGCAGGCCGGGCGGCACGGCACAGCGAAGCGCACACGGCUCCGAGCGGCGCCUCCGCCCGGCUCGGCUCGGCCCGGCAGCGCCCACGCAGCCGCCCGCCUCCCGCCCCCUUCCUCCCGCCCCCUUCCUCCUCCUCCGGGACUCUUCGCUGGGAUCGAGCCGGCGCUGCUGCCGCCGCCGCCGCCUCCUCCUCCUCCUCCUCCGCUGCUGUUGUUGUUGGCCGGCUCUGCCACAUCGAGGAUAUUUUGGCUCCCGGGGAGAGGCAGCGCGCCUUCUUUUCCUUUUUUUUUUUUUUAAAUUUAUUUUUUUUAUAUUUUAUUUUUUUUGGACUCUGCCGCCGCCGGGGAGGGGGCUAGCCGAGGAGCAGGCGAGCUCCGCGCUCGGGGGCCAGAUGAGUGAAUUUGGGAUCAGAAACAUGGAUCAAGUAGCUCCCGUGUCGACCAUGUACAGAGGAAUGCUCAAGCGUCAGCCAGCAUUUGACACCUUUGAUAGCUCAAACUCUCUCUUCGGUGGAUAUUUUUUAUCACUAAAUGAAGAUCAAACACUUCAAGAAGUGCCAACAGGAUUUGAUUCUACUUCUUAUGAGUCCAACAACUGUGAAUUGCCUCUGUUAACCCCGUGCAGUAAGGCUGUCAUGAGUCAGGCCUUGAAAGAGACUUUCAAUGGUUUCACAAAGGAACAGUGUCGGCUGGGAAUCCCAAAUAAUCCCUGGCUGUGGACUGAGCAGCAAGUUUGCCAGUGGCUUUCUUGGGCUACCAAUGAGUUUAGCUUGGCAAAUGUGAACUUCCAUCAGUUUCUUAUGAGUGGCCAAGACCUUUGUAACCUGGGCAAGGAGCGCUUCUUGGAACUGGCACCUGACUAUGUGGGUGAUAUUCUGUGGGAACACCUGGAGCAGAUGAUAAAAGACAGUCAAGAGAAGACACAGGAUCAAUAUGUGGAGAACCCUCAUCUCACCUCAGUUCCUCCCUGGGUUAACAAUAAUUCCUUAACUGUUAACAUGGAUCAGACCCCUUACGGAAUGCAAAUGCCUGGGUACCCUAAAGCCCUCAGUUAUCCCAAACCCAGUCUCCUGAGUGACGUCUGCCAGACUUCCACGGGACCAAAUCUUCUCAAUCCAGAACAAGAGUUUUCAUUGUUUCCUAAAACCCAAGUAGAUGCAGUUGGGGUCAACUACUGCGCAGUAAAUCAAGAUUUCACAAGAAGCAAUCUGAACUUGCUGAUAGAUAAUUCUGGUAAACUUAGAGAACAUGAAUCUAGCGACAGUGGUGCAGAAAGUUACGAAAGCUCAGAUUCAAUGCUGCAGUCCUGGAACAGCCAGUCAUCACUAGUGGAUUUACAGCGUGUGCCAUCCUAUGAGAGUUUUGAAGAUGACUGUAGCCAGUCCUUGUGUCUGAACAAACCUACAAUGUCUUUCAAAGACUAUAUUCAAGACAGAAGUGAUCCUGUAGAGCAAGGGAAACCAGUUAUACCAGCAGCAAUUCUAGCUGGCUUUACUGGCAGUGGACCUAUACAGCUAUGGCAAUUCCUGCUGGAGUUACUGACUGACAAAUCCUGCCAGUCCUUCAUUAGUUGGACUGGAGACGGAUGGGAAUUUAAACUCGCUGACCCAGAUGAGGUGGCACGGAGGUGGGGAAGAAGGAAAAACAAGCCAAAAAUGAACUAUGAGAAACUCAGCCGAGGGCUACGCUACUAUUAUGACAAGAACAUCAUCCACAAGACAUCAGGGAAGCGAUACGUGUACCGCUUUGUGUGCGACCUGCAGAACUUGCUGGGGUACACGGCAGAGGAGCUGCAUGCAAUGCUGGGGGUGCAGCCUGACACCGAGGACUGAGCCCAACCGCCUGGUGCCGUGCAGGUGGAGACCCAGUGUUGGGACUGUGACCAGGAGCCAUCUGCAGUCAGUUUUUCCGGCUGUUCAGAUGGGUGCAAUGGUGGUGAAAUAAGGACCUUGACUGAUUUUUGUAACCAGGGGAAGUUGGAAGGAAGUGGCCUUAUUUCAUCAGUGGCUUCAGUUGUUGCUGUGUCAUGCACUUGAGCAGCAUGGAUGUUGGCACAGAUCGCAGCUCUGUCAUGAAGACACAGAAAUGCUCUGGGCUUGAGCAUUUCAACUACCUAUACUGCCACAUAAAGUGUUUCGGCUACUUAACACUGCCAUAUGAUGGGUUGGCUUUAAAACCAAAGGUUCGAUGAGGAAACCAGUGAUGCAGCAGAACCAUUGCUCAGAUUCUCUUUUUAACUUACCGUCAUCCUUGCUUCCAUCUUAUAUCAUGCAAUUUAUUUAAAAAGUAUAUAAUUUAUUUUAAAUGAGCAGUAAGAAGAAUUGAUAUUAAUGUGUUGUUCUCAAGCACAUUUUAUUAUUAUUACUCCAGAAAUGUGCUGCAGGUACAUCAACACUCUGUGUCCAAAACCAGAUGUAGCAACUGUUUUAAAAAAAAAAAUAA